GACAGAUUCAGACAAAUUAGGUUUAGGUUACAAACAACAUUCAGCGAUUCAAACUAAAAUGUUUUGAGAGGAGCAAAGAGAGCUCUCACAGAAACCUGUGCACGUCAUUAGAUUAUAACAUAAACGUGAUUUGUCCGAUUCAUAACUAAUAAGGAGACAUAAAGUGUCGCGAGUCGGUUGUCAUGAUACUCCGGCGCUCAGAAGCACAACAAAACCAACCUGUUUACCCAGUUUUAGUGAUUUAAUCUGUUCGCGCGUGAACUGAACAUUUCACAACGGAAUGCCAAAUUAGGCAGAAAAAGAGAGAGCGUGAAAUAUGAAUGCUGAAUAUGAAUCUGUAGUGUUAGGCUGUUUAACUGCGUUUAUAUGAAGUUUACAGAUUGACCUCUGACUCAAUGAGUUCUCGUGAUGAAACGUGUUCUGGGAGGCGCUUGAACAGCAUUAAGCCUCGAAGAAACUCUGCAGCAAGGCUUCGAGUCGCGGGACAGAGUCUGUGUCCAGGUGCUGCUGAGGAACAGGUAACAGGUGUGGAGAUGAUUCCUGUGAAUGAGUUCCGGAGCAUCACGAGCGAGCAGAACCCACAGUUCCGGGUCCUGAAGCCCUGGUGGGACGUUCUGUCCGAGUACCUGGGCAUCGCGAUGCUGAUGAUGGGGGUGUUCGGCUGCACGCUUCAGCUGACCCAAGACAAGAUAUCUUGCCUGCCGAACCGAUUCACGGAUCUCUCCGGCGGAGACCGAGACUGCAGUCACCUGCGGCAGGAGAACGAGAGUCUGUGGGAGUUCGCCAUCACCAAACGUCUCGGUCCGAACGUCGUGGAGGUGUUCGGCCGGAAGAACGGCCUGGAUAUCCACCAGUACGAGUUCGUCAACCACUUCUGCUACGAACGGGCCGUGCACUGGUACGGAAAGUACUUCCCCUACCUAGUGGUGAUCCACAGCAUGAUCUUCAUGGUGGCCAGCAGCUUCUGGUUCAAGUUCCCAGGGACGUCGUCAAAGAUCGAGCUGUUCGUGAUCAUUCUGGGGAAGUGCUUCGACUCUCCCUGGACCACGAGAGCCAUCAGCGAAGUCUACGAAGAGCGGCGAGAGGAGAGAAUGGUCGUGUGGAGAAAGAACACAAUGACCAAAUCAGCCGCAGACAACAACGACGACAUGGUGUCUCUGAUCCGAUCUUCCAUAAAGUCCAGCUCGGACCAGAAACCGUCAGAAGCGACCGCGUCGCUCCUGGAUAAGAAAGAAGGCGAGCAGGCCAAGGCCCUGUUUGAGAAAGUCAGGAAGUUUCGGACGCACGUGGAGGAGGCGGAUCUGCUUUACUUCAUGUACGUGCUGCAGACGGCGCUGAAGGUCUUCAAAUUCGCUCUCAUCACUGUUUACAGCGUCGCGCUGGUCCCCAACAUCCAGAUCGUGGUGAUGUGCUCGGUGCCUCCGGAUCUGACGGGGUUCAGUGCGUUCUGCUGUAACUACAAUAAAGCACAUCUGUUCUCCAAAUUAGCCUACUGCUACAUAUGCUUCGUCGGGGUCUACGGACUGCUGUGCAUUUAUUCGCUUUAUUGGCUGUUUCACCGACCGCUGAAAGAGUAUUCCUUUGAGGCGGUUCGCUUGGAAACGGGAAUAAACGACAUCCCGGAUGUUAAAAAUGACUUUGCGUUUCUCCUGCACCUCAGCGACCAGUACGACGCCCUGUACUCCAAACGCUUCGCCGUGUUUCUCUCGGAGGUCAGCGAAUGCCGCUUACGGCAGCUCAACCUCAACCACGAGUGGACGGCUGAUAAGCUCUGCCUCCAGACGUGAAGGACAGAAUGAAGCGCAGAUAAUCACAACACUGGAGCGCUGCUCUUAUGCUUUGAACAAAUAUAGCUGAUUUACUGGAUGCCAUCGGUGAUAUGAGCUCAGUAACGUGCUCUGAUUACAGCAGAUACAAUCCUAACUCCAUACAUAAGUGACAGUGUUUGUGUGAAGCACUGAACUUUCACCAGACAGACUCCUACCUUCAGUUCAGUUCCAACAAUAUCAAGUGUUCCUGGAGAUUUUCAUUCGGUGCUUCAGAUGUGUUUGAUUAGGGUUCGACCUGAACUUUUGCCAUAGGGGAAUUUUAACAGUAACUUAAUUAAGUGUUAAAGCCA